CACCUGGAGAUCCAGCAGCAGUACAGUCGCAUCAACGUCCGCUGGGACGCCUCCGACGAUGAGCUCGACAACGACAACAGCUCGGCCCGGCUCUUUGAGCGUUCCCGCAUCAAAGCCCUGGCAGAUGAGCGGGAGGCCGUGCAGAAGAAAACCUUCACCAAGUGGGUGAACUCCCACUUGGCUCGUGUGACGUGCCGCAUCUCUGACCUCUACAUGGACCUCCGAGACGGACGGGUGCUCAUUAAACUGCUGGAGGUGCUUUCGGGAGAGCUCCUGCCCAAGCCCACCAAGGGCCGGAUGCGGAUCCACUGCCUGGAGAACGUGGACAAGGCGCUGCAGUUCUUGAAGGAGCAGCGGGUGCACCUGGAGAACAUGGGCUCCCACGACAUCGUGGACGGCAACCACCGCCUCACCCUCGGCCUCAUCUGGACCAUCAUCCUGCGCUUCCAGAUCCAGGACAUCAUCGUGCACACGCAGGAGGGCCGGGAGACGCGCUCCGCCAGGGACGCGCUGCUGCUCUGGUGCCAGAUGAAGACGGCGGGGUACCCCCACGUGAACGUCACCAACUUCACCUCGAGCUGGAAGGACGGGCUGGCGUUCAACGCCCUCAUUCACAGGCACAGGCCCGAGCUGGUUGACUUCCACAACUUGACCAAAUCCAACGCCCGACACAACCUGGAGCACGCGUUCAGCGUGGCAGAGAGGCACCUGGGCAUCACCCCGCUCCUCGACCCUGAAGACGUAUUCACGGAGAACCCUGAUGAGAAGUCCAUAAUCACCUACGUGGUGGCCUUCUACCACUACUUCUCCAAGAUGAAGGUGCUGGAGGUGGAAGGGAGACGUCUGGGCAAGGUGAUUGAGCACGCCAAGGAGACGGAGCGGAUGAUUGAGGGCUACAGCAGGCUGGCCUCCGACCUGCUCACCUGGAUCGAGCAGACCAUCGCCUCCCUCAACAGCCGCAGCUUUGCCAACUCCCUCACUGGGGUGCAGCACCAGCUCCAAGCCUUCAGCACCUACCGCACCGUGGAGAAACCCCCCAAGUUUCAGGAGAAGGGCAACCUGGAGGUGCUACUCUUCACCAUCCAGUCGCGGAUGCGGGCCAACAACCAGCGCGUGUACUCUCCGCAUGAGGGCAGGCUGGUCUCCGACAUCAACAGGGCCUGGGAGCAGCUGGAGAAAGCAGAGCACGAGCGGGAGCUAGCGCUGCGCAACGAGCUCAUCCGGCAGGAGAAGCUGGAGCAGCUGGCGCGGCGCUUUGACCGCAAGGCGGCCAUGCGGGAGGCCUGGCUGAGCGAGAACCAGCGCCUGGUGGCACAGGACAAUUUUGGCCAAGACCUGCCAGCAGUGGAGGCGGCCAAGAAGAAACACGAGGCCAUCGAGACGGACACGGCCGCCUACAAGGAGCGUGUGCAGGCCAUCGAGGCAGUGGCGAAGGAGCUCGAGGCGGAGAACUACCACGACAUCAAGCGCAUCAACAGCCGCAAGGACAACAUCUUGCGGCUCUGGGAAUACCUCCUGGAGCUGCUGCGUGCCCGGCGCCAGCGCCUCGAGAUGAACCUCACCCUGCAGCACCUCUUCCAGGAGAUGCUGCACAGCAUCGACUGGAUGGAUGAGAUCAAGGCACAGCUGGUGUCACCUGAGUUUGGGAAUGGGGAGAAGGUGCGGGCCUUGAGCGGCGCGCCCCUCCGCUUCGCUGAUGCUGACGGGUACCGGCCCUGUGACCCUAAAGUCAUCCGGGACCGCGUGAGCCACCUGGAGAUGUGCCAGCGGGAGCUGCAGGCACUGGCGGCCCAGAGGAAGGCUCGCCUGGAGCAAUCCAAGUGCCUGUGGAAAUGCUUUUGGGAGCUGGAGGAGGCAGAGGGCUGGAUCAAGGAGAAGGAGCAGAUCUACUCCUCCCUGGACUAUGGCAAGGACCUCACCGGCGUCCUCCUCCUGCAGCGCAAACACGCAGCUUUCGAGGCCGAGCUGCGGGGCCGGGGCGCCCAGCUGGAGCAGGCGCUGUUGGUGAAGAAGCCCCGGGAGCUGCUGGAGGAGGUGGCCGGUGCUGAGCAGCUUCUCAGCAGCUUGGGCCAGCAAGCCGAGGACUUCCCCCCUGAGCUGCGCGCCGGCCCCGAGGCCCAGAGCCGGCUGACAGCCCUGCGGGCGCUCUACAGCGAGGUGGUGAGCCUGGCCGAGCUGCGGCGCCGGAAGCUGCAGGACAGCCUGGACCUUUACACCAUCAUCAGCGAGAUCGAUGCUUGCCAGCUCUGGAUGGGCGCAAAGGAGACGUGGCUGGAGCAGAUGGAGAUCCCCAACACGCUGGAGGACCUGGAUGUGGUCCAGCACAGGUUUGACAGCCUGGGGCAGGAGAUGAGCAGCCUGGCCUCCCAAAUCGACGGCAUCAACCGGGCAGCUGAGGGCCUGAUAGAGAGUGGGCACCCGCGCAGCCCCCACAUCCGGCAGUGUCAGGAGCAGCUCAACACCAGAUGGGACAGGUUUCAGAAGAUGGUAGCACAGCGGCGGAAAGCCGUGGACUCAGCGCUGAGCCUGAUCAACUACUGCGUGGACUGCGAGGAGACCCGCAAGUGGAUCCUGAGCAAGACCCACGUGGUGGAGUCCACGCAGGACAUGGGCCGGGACCUGGCCGGCGUGUUGGCAAUCCAGCGCAAGCUGUACGGCAUCGAGCGUGAGCUGGCUGCUGUCGAGAGCCGCCUGGGCACCCUGCGCUCCCAAGCCCAGCGCCUGGCCGAGGAUCACCCCGACCUGGCAGCAGACGUCCAGCAGCGCCUGGGGGCCGCGGCGGCCGCUUGGGACGAGCUGGAGGGGGGCCUCGUGGCCACGCAGGAGGACAUUGAGCAGCACGAGGCCGCCUACAGCAACGUGAAGGAGACGGGCGAGCGGGUGACGCAGGGCCAGGAGGACCCCGAGUACGAGCAGCUCCGGCAGCGCCUGGAGGGCAUGGACACGGGCUGGGGCGCCCUGCGCAAGAUGUGGGACACGCGGCACCGCUUCCUCACCCAGUGCCUCGGCUUCCAGGAGUUUCUCCGUGACGCCAAGCAGGCUGAGGUCCUCCUCAGCAACCAGGAGUACACGCUGGCUCACCUCGAGCUGCCCACCACAGUGGAGGGCUCAGCCGCUGCCUUGCGCAAGUUCGAGGACUUCCGCACCAGCAUGGAGAGCAGUGAAGAGAAGAUCCCCAGCACGGUGGCAAGCGGCACCAAGCUGGUGGCUGAUGGCAACAUCUUCUCGGAGAAGAUCACCGAGAAGUGUCAGAGCUUACAGGAAAGGCACAGGACGAACGUGGCCAAGGCGCAGGAGGUGGCAGGUUUGCUGCAGGACAACCACGAGUUGCAGACUUUCCUUCAAAACUGCCAGGAGCUCACCCUGUGGAUCAAUGAAAAGAUGCUGACAGCACAGGACAAGACCUAUGGCGCAGCCCGGAGCCUCCAUAGCAAGUGGCUGAAGCACCAGGCAUUCAUGGCGGAGCUGGCUGCCCACCAGGGCUGGCUGGAGAAGAUCGACACGGAAGGGAAGGAGCUGGCAGGCCGGAAGCUGCAGUACGGGGCGCUGGUGUCUCAGCGCCUGAGCGAGCUGCACGCGCUGUGGGACCAACUGCGGGCCGCCACCGAGGAGAAAGCCCGGCAGCUCUUCGAGGCCAACCGCUCGGAGCUGUACGCCCAGAGCUAUGGCGACCUGGACCGCUGGCUUGGCAAGAUGGAGGACGAGCUGCGUGCCACCGAGCAGGCCAAGGACCUCACCAGCACCAACCUGCUGCUGAAGAGGCUGACGAGACUGGAGGAGCAAGUGGGAGCGCGGAAGGAGGAGAUGGAGGAGCUGGUGUCGCAGGGCGCCCCGCUUGGAGGGGCCGCACCGGAAGCAGACAGCCAGGAGCAGAAACUCCAGCAGCGAUUCCUCAACCUGCUGGAGCCCCUGGAGAGGAGGAGGAAGGAGCUGGAGUCGUUCAAGGCCACGUACCAGCUCAGGCGGGACCUGGAGGAUGAGACGCGAUCCAUCGACGACUACGGCCAAAACAUCAAGGAGUUGGCGGGGAGGGCUCAGCAGCUGCUCUCCGCCGGCCACCCCGAGGGGGAGCAGAUCAUCCGGCUGCAGGGCCAAGUGGACAAACACUACGCGAGGCUGAAGGAGGCGGCCGAGGAACGCCGGCGGAGGCUGGAGAACAUGUGCCACCUCUUCCAGCUGAAGCGCGAGGUGGAGGACCUGGAGCAGUGGAUCGCCGAGCGUGACGUGGUGGCCUCCUCCCAGGAGAUGGGGCAGGACUUCGACCAUGCCACACUGCUGCGGGAGAAGUUUCGGGAGUUUGCGUGGGAGACGGGCAGCGUGGGGCAGGAGCGCGUGGACCGGGUGAACCUGACCAUUGAAGACCUCAUCGACGCGGGGCACGCAGAGGCUGCCACUAUGGCCGAGUGGAAGGACGGGCUGAACGAGAGCUGGGCUGACCUGCUGGAGCUCAUCGACACGCGCAGGCAGCUUCUCACCGCCUCCCACGACCUGCACAAGUACUUCUACGAUGCUGCCGAGAUCCUCGCCCUCAUCGCAGACAAGCAGAAGGAGCUGCCCCAGGACUUGGGCUGUGACACCAGCACGGCCAAGGCUUUCCACCGCAUGCACACCGCCUUCGAGCGGGACAUCCAGCUGCUGGAGGCGCAGGUGCAGCAGUUUCGGGAGGUGGCGGCCCGGCUGCAGACGGCGUACGCUGGGGAGAAGGCUGACAGCAUCCAGCAGAAAGAGCAGGAGGUGGUGAGGGCCCUGCGAGCACUGCUGGAGGCGUGCAGCGGGCGGCGCGCCCAGCUCCUGGACACGGCCGAGAAGUUCCGCUUCUUUAGCAUGGUGCGGGACCUCCUCUCCUGGAUGGAGAGCGUUGUCCGGCAGAUUGAGACGCAGGAGAAGCCCAGGGACGUCUCAUCCGUGGAGCUGCUCAUGAAGUACCACCAGGGCAUCAAGGCAGAGAUCGACACACGUGACAAGAGCUUCACCACUUGCAUCGACUUGGGCAAGAAGCUGCUGCAGCGCAAGCACCACGAGGCGCCCGAGGUGAGGGUGGGUGGGGUGCGAGGGGGAUGCCGCCAGGCGCUGGCACUGCUGGAGGUGUGCCAGUUCUCCAGGGACGCCUCGGUGGCCGAGGCCUGGCUCAUCGCGCAGGAACCCUACUUGGCCAGCGGCGAUUACGGGCACACAGUGGACAGCGUGGAGAAACUGCUGAAGAGGCACGAGGCCUUUGAGAAGUCCACGGCUACCUGGGAGGAGCGUUUCGCUGCCCUGAGGAAGCUGACGACGCUCGAGCUCCUGGGCAAGCGGAAGCUGCAAGAGGAGCCGGUGCAGGGCAAGGUGACGCGGACCACAGCUCCCGACUACGACUUGGAUCUGGAUGCUGAGCUGGAAGCAGGGUCCGAGGAGGAAGAGAAGAAGAAGGGCUUAAUAGUUCAGGAUGCCAGUCCGCCUGCCACUGACGGACCUGAACCGGAUCGCGGCAGCAGCCAGGAGGCCGUGAGCUGCCCUGCAAAGUGCUGCAUGCCGGACCUGGCGAAACGGUCGUGGAGCACCCUGUACUGCGUGCUGCGGGGUGGCGAGCUCGCCUUCUACAAGGACGCCAAGAGCCGGGCGCUGGGGGUGCCCUACCACGGCGAGGAGCCCUUCGCACUGCGCAACGCCCUCUGCGAGGUGGUCGCCGGCUACAAGAAGAAGAAGCACGUCUUCAAACUGAGGCUCAGCAAUGGCAGCGAGUGGCUUUUCCACGGCAAGGAUGAGGUGAGGGGCAGCAAGUGCUGCCUGGGGUGGUGA